GCCCCUCAGCCCUCAGUGCCCUCCCGCGGCUGCGGAGCCCGGCCAGGGCCAGCCCUGCGUCCGCCCGGCUGCUGCAGCGCCCCUCAACUCGCACUGAAAGGCGGACAGCACUGUAAGGACACCUGGAAGUUUACCUUUCCGGAGCUGAACCCUUCCAGGGAAUGGCCGAAGCACGGGAAAGGCAUGCGUUGCCCAGGGGUUAAGCAACUACCAGGAACCAGUAGGAAUGCUUGAACAAUGAACGACUAGCAGGUUCUUUUUUUUUUUUUUUUAAUUAUUAGAGUAAUUUAAACAUUCUUCGACAGUCCUGAAAAGGGUGAGAAUGUUAGAACACUGUCAUUUUAAAAACCUGAGGUACACAGAGUUUAGGGGGAAGAGGAGGUGCUGCUGAGGCAGUAACACUUUAUAAGCACUUUAUAGCUUGGCUUGACUCUCUGCAUUUCUUACAAAAUUCAGCACACAGCUGAAAGGCAAACAUGGUGAAAAACAAGCAUUUCUUUAAGAAGGCUGGGGAUUCACAGGGGAAAAAAUCCUGAAGAGAGGGAUAGAGAUAAAGAAUUGCUGUGGGCUUUGCUCCUGCACUUUAUCUUAAUUCUUAUGGAUCUUGCCCAUGUGCUACUUGGGGAGCUCUUGCUUGUGCCUGGUGUCUUGCAGAUGCCUGCAGAAAAUCAAAAUGCCCGCAGUGCUGCAGGCCUCCUCACCACACUUGCUCAGUCAGAGCCCAGCAACGAGCCAAGGCACUACUGUGCCACCACAGUGACACAGGGGUCUCGAGGCACCACCUGUGACUUACUGGGGGGGCCCUUGUCCCCAAGAAGGGCAGUGUGGUGUAGGAGAAGCCAUGGGCAUGGAUGUGCCGAGCCCCUGAGAGCCACAGGCGCCGCUCCUUCCCACCCAAAGGGGAUGCCUGUGCUGGCCUCCUGAGCUGUUGUUGGUGCUUUUCCGGCCUGGCUGCUAGCCUCAAAAACAAAGUUCCCAACCAAAGCAAGAGCAAGGGGGGAGGAACACGGAAAACAGCUCUGACAUUCCUGCCUGCCUCCAGCAAUGUUUCCAGAGCAAUAGGGCUGCAGAGGCUGAGCCUGCUGAGCUCCCAGAUGAAUAGAAGCAAUGGACAUGCUACUGCAGCAUCAUAAUACCCUUCAGCAAAGGAAUUAAAGCUCAGCCAUAGUGCAGCAAAUCUCUCUCGUUAAAAUCCCUUCCCCGGUCCUGUUAAUACAACUACCAAAGAACAGCAACUUCCCUCUCUGUGAGGCUCUUUUAGACCCAGGCUUUAUAUCCUGCAAGCAGAGGACGGGAUUUUACCAAGGGGGAUUUUCUGGAAGCAGGAGGACUGAAGAGUACUACCACUCACCAAGCCCAGCCAGGAAAGGACGGAGCAGCGGGUGAUCUGCCAAAGCUUCCUACAGCUACAUCCACUGGCACUGAGGUAACAGCAUCCAUUUUGCUCUAGUUUAAUGUGCUCAGCUCUGUUUCUAGAGUCCCUCCUUUGACCUAGGGGAUGGCUCAGGUCAAUCUGAAGGCAAAACCUGCCGAGGGAUCAGGAAGUACAGCACUUGAGGGCAAGGCAGGCAAUGUGCCAUUCCCCAACAUGGCAGGUGUUAGGGAAGCACAUCCCCUGUUACAGCCAGGAACAGGGAGCAGUGGCAGGAUGAGCAGCAGUCACCAUUGCAGAAGCUGGAGGCUCAACCACCUUUCCAGUCCCUCUUCCUGCCCCAGCACCAGCUGCCCAGGCCCUGCUUCCCUGCACACCGGAGCACUGUGUGUCGUGCGGUGCAGCCUUGCACUGAAAGCACAGGGCAGAUACCAGUCUGGGGUGGGGAACAGCUACCUCUUUGGCUUUGCUUGAAGAGUUUGUGUGAUGUCUGCAGCCUCAGCUAGAUCACAAUAUAGAACACCCCAGGUCCUGAAUGCAGCACUGCUGUGCUCAUGGAGCCUAGCCUUGCACUGCAGAGGUCAGUUGAGGUACCUACCAUGCAGAACUUUCCCUCAGCACCAAGGAGGGAAUAAUAUUUUCAAACUUGGUAAGGCUUGGAGAAUUGAUUAUUUGCAACCAAAAAAUUUCUAAACAGUGUCAGACUUAACACAUCAGAAAAAGAGACAUGAAGGCCCCUAAGAGUUUACUAGAGAAAUUACUCGUCCAUAUAGUAAUGUCUUCCUGGACAGACCUCGCUAUCAAAAGCUUUAUUUAUGGCCAGAAGAAUAAGUAUUUUAUAAUCUCAUUAAAAACAAAGUACCCUGGAUGCAUCAUGUUUUCAAGUAUUGGCCUCAGCAGUAUCUUGUGAAUGAGAGGAGCUCUGGUUCAUUUUCUUUUGUAUGAAGUGUCUAUCUUUACCUGUCUUCUCUACCCACCUUGAGCUGUCUCCCUCUUGCUCUCAUCAACUGUCUCAUUGUGAGCGUAGAUGCUGGAAAGAAGUGGAGGACCAGAGCAGAAGAUACACAAACUGCACAGGAUAUUUCCAAAAUGAAUGGGGUUCACAGCUGAUUGCUCUAAAUGCAGAUUUCUGUUUUCAACAGGUGCUGAAGGCUGAGAGUGGUGUCCUGAAAGAGAGCUCAUGUUUUGCUUCCAUUAAUUUAAUGUUAUUUGGACUUUUGAUUCAAUCCUUCCCUCAUCUUACCAGCCACUUACAGAAGAAGGGAUCUCCAAACCCCUCAGUAGGAUGAACAAGACCAAGGGAGCUUUUGGUAGACCAGAACUUUGGAGCCUUGGUUGCACGCAGAGCAGCACCUCCCUGGCCAGUCUGGCACCACCCUUUGCAUUUGGACAGCAGGCUAUGGACACAGCCCUGAAUGUAAUCCUUAUCGUGGUCCUCCUGCUCAUCAUGGUGUCUCUGGGAUGUACAAUGGAGAUAGCCAAGAUCACAACUUACCUCAGGAGACCUAAAGGUGUAGCAAUAGCCAUAUUGGCUCAGUACAGCAUCAUGCCCUUGACAGCAUUCAUAUUGGGCAAGCUCUUCCAGCUGAGCACCUCAGAAUCCCUGGCCGUCCUCAUCUGUGGCUGCUGCCCAGCGGGAAACCUCUCCAACACCUUUAGUCUGGCACUGAGAGGGGACAUGAACCUCAGUGUUGUAAUGACUGCAUGCUCCAUGGUCCUGGCAAUUGGAUUAAUGCCACUGCUUCUGUACCUUUACUCGGGAGGACUGUAUGAGGGUGAUUUGGAGGGCAAGGUACCUUACAAAGGAAUAAUCACCUCCCUGGUGCUGAUGCUAAUCCCCUGUGCCAUCGGCAUCAUCUUGAAUGAGAAGAAACCACAGUACACUGGCCUUAUCAGCAAGGCAGGGAUGGUUAUGCUUCUACUAUCAUCUGCUGCUAUAAUUGUUCUGUCUGUGGCCAAUAUGGGAAGCUGUAUUAUGGUUGUCUUCUCACCACCUCUCCUGGGAACUUGUGCCUUAAUGCCCCUUACUGGAUUCCUGCUGGGCUACGCUGUCUCUGCAGCCUUCAAGCUUGAUGAUCGGUGCAGGUGGACAGUAUGUAUGGAAACUGGCUGCCAGAAUGUACAGCUUGGCUCAGCUAUCCUCAAGGUCGCCUUUGCCCCAGAGAUCAUUGGCCCCCUGUACUUCUUCCCACUACUCUACUUGCUGUUCCAGCUUGGAGAAGGAUUUCUGCUCAUCCUGGCCUUUUGGAUCUAUGACAGAAUAAAGCAAGCCAAUGGCAAGUACAGCUUUACUCCUUUAGUUCUUAUACUUUCCACGCUAAGCCGUACAUGCUUACAAUGUAAUUACAUCGCUGCUUUAUAAAGGCAGAAUCCAGUUGUUCUUUAACCAGGGUUUACAUACCCAGCACAUUAAAUUCAAAUCAGAGUCAAAAAUUCAGAGGUAACUGAAGACCUUAAAAUUCCAUGGACUUCUUGCAUGACCAGGAUGCUUCAUACAGCUACAUACUAUCAAAACUAUCAGUGCUCAGGUUUUCAGUCUGGUGUCUUAAACUACAGUAGACACCAU